AUGUUUGAUGGGCUUGAGAACUUUAAGAGUGUCUAUCAGGAAGAGCAAUAUGAACUCUCGGCGAUUGAGACGAUUGAUAGUGCGAUCGACGCGGGGAAUUGGCACGAGUCGAAUUAUCAAACCUACUCAUACGCCGAAAGAUUCCUCCAGCACUGCCCAUACACCAGGCGAGCGACCUCCCUGAUUCCGAAAAACAUCCCCUACUCAAACUGGCAUCCGCAUAACCCGCACCGGAUGUUCGAGCAGUCGUUUGCUAGGGUGCAAGCCGAGCUUAAGAAAAAGAAGUGCGGCAUCCUGGGCAUGUAUCUAGAGCAGGGUACGAUGCAGGCGUUAAUUGAGCUGCGAUUCGGCUUCGUCUUGGACGGCCGCCAAUUCGUGUGCAACCAGAAGAUGUUGCUAAUCGUCCAGUACGGGAUUCUGGAGGGCGUGAUCAUGAUCGCCCCGCACGAAGACUGGUUCUACACCGAUGCUGCCGGCGACAAAAAGGUGGACACGACGAAGGAGAGCGAGUACCUCGUCUACCGCAAGCUCACUACCCAGACGAACAUCUACCUCGUCCAGAUGAGCUCGCAGGUUAACUACCAGAACCCGGAGUACCUCUGCAAGCUGUUCAUUCGUUUCCAGCGGAUUCAGCACAUUUUUGAGACGCCGUGCCAGUCGUGCUCAAAAGUAAUGAAAAACUUCCUGCCGCCGACCAUCUACGACUUGUCAGGCUACACAGCCUACCAUGAGGGCUGUAAA